AUGGAAUCAUCGUUGGAUGGAGCUGAGACAGAUAUAGAUAGUGAUGCGAGUGAUUAUGAUGCCGAGGAGAAUAUGAAUCACCUUGGCGGCAAUAUGUUACGUGAAAUUUGUGAAAUGAAUGUUACAAAUAAUAAUUCCAGAGAUGACGCGACUCCUCCAGAAAGAUAUGGCAACAUAUCAGAAGAUAGUGACCCAGAAAUGAAUGUUCCACUUGCAACGUUCGUGAAGUGCAAACGGACCUCAAUAAUCUGA